CUUUCGAGUUUUCAAAAAGAGGCCCAAAUUUCGUGCUUGGGCAUUUCUUAUUUGACACAUGACCCAAAGGCCUCUCUCGCAAUCUCGGCCGACUCCUCCCCACUCCACCGCAUAACGCGACUCCUCAAUUGCGCCGACCUCCGUUCGAGUGAUCGAGUCCAAAGGAGAUGGAGAUAGAUUGGCCACCGAUGGACGGAGGCCCCUCCUGUGGCCACGCAACGACGGUCUCGACUGCGGCGAGGAUGGUUCGUGAGGUUGCCCAUGGAGCACUUUGGGAAGACGGUCAGGGCGAACCUGUCCUCUCCGGCGUGGGAGGACGCUGUCACCCACCUCACCUCCCGCCUCUAGGUGCUCGCCGUCGACGUCUAAGAAAGAUCAAGAACCUCCUCGGGCCCCCGCCGGAGCACGGCAGGAUUCAGUUCCAUCGACUCAACAUCAAGAACGACGCCCGACUCGAGGGCCUUAUCAAGAUGUCGGAUCUGGUGAGCUCCUCGCCUUCCCUCUCUCUCAUUUGCUUCCCGGCCGACAGGUCACCCCGUGGUCCCUUUUCUCUCCUCUUUCUCCGGAUGUCUACAGCGACAAGAUCAAGCAUCUCCUCGAGCCCCAGCCGGAGCACGGCCGGAUCCAGUUCCACCGACUCGACAUCAAGAACGACUACCAUGUUGGAUCUGGUUAAGUAUUGCUCUGAAAACAACAAGCGGCUUAUUCAUUUCUCCACUUGCGAGGUGUAUAGGAAUGCUAUUGGAACUUUCCCCCAAAGGAUCACUCUCUGCUACAGGUGAUAUUGCCCUCUUUAUUUUUUGUUCGUUAUUGUUUCUCAAACUUUUGUGUUAUGCUCUUAUCUGUACAUACUGAAGAAAAUAUGAAAAAAAAGGGUCAAAAAGUCAAGUUGAUUAGUGUUCAUCCCCCUUUUUCUCGUGAUAACUAAAGAAAAGUUGAAAUUUGCAAGAACAGUUGCACAUUUGUAAUGUUGUAGAGUAUUUAUGUGAUUCUGCAAUAUUGUAUGUUUGGUGUUUGAAUAUGUAUUUAAGCUGGUCCUUGAUCCUAGUGCUAGCUGGUAACAUAGUUUAAAGCAGGUCAUCAGUUUAAAGUAGAUCAUAGCUUUCUCUUGGAUAGAGAUCGUGUCACUUUCGCUAGGUUUAUUUGAUUAGUUAUGUGGUACUAUGUACUUACUGUUGGUGAGAAAAUUUUCCCUCUAAAUGAAGCUGUGGAUUUUUUGUUCAUAAACUGAAUAGGUGGAAUAGUAAAUCUGAUCAAUAACAAAAUGUUUCUAACAAAAUUAUUAUAUAUUUCACACUAGGAAGAAUAUCCGAAAGUUGAUUAGGCCAAUUCCUUUUCUAACUUCUAGAGGAGCCUAGUGCAUAUGUUCAAGAAUUUGAUUGACAAUAUGUUAAUUAUGUUAUCAUCCAAAAGCAUGGUCAUGAGUUAUAAGACAAUUGAGAUAAUAAAAAAUUGCUUUCAAUGGAUAUUUUCACCUAACUAUUGAGGACUUCAAUCAAUUGAAUUUGAGGAUGAAAUUUACUUUGGGAUUCAUAGGUUACCUACAAUGUGAUAACAUGUACAUUAUGUUGAUAAUCGAUUUUCUUUUCAAGUAAACUAUAGGAUUAUUUGAUUGACCCAAACAUGUGUGUCUGACCAUACAUUGAAUCAAGUGAGAUUGUGUCAUAAACUCAUAAUAUUCCAUGCAAAUUUGUGUUGAGAAUAUUUGUAUGAUAUUAGGUUUUAUAAGGCGAAACUUAUCCAUGAAUUCUACUUUAAUCGAUGUUUAGGAAAACCUUUGGUAUGUUGAAUUAAUGCAUGAGGAUUAGUAUUUCUAUUCACUGAAUUUUGAAUUUAAUUUCCUAAUAGUUGUAUGUGUGAAAUUUAAUAUUCAAAAUGGGUAUUACACAAAUGAAUUUAGGCAGUGUUUGGUUAAGGGAUAAAGUGGGAAUAGACCACUUUAUCCCUCUAAUUCAUCCAAACACUUUUUGAGAGAAUGUGUUUAUUUAAUUCCCCUCUUAACGGGUUAUUUGAAUAACCCGUUAAGAGAGGGGAAUUGUUGUUCCACCCUUUUGGUGGAAUAAUAAUUUCACCUCUUUAUAC